AUGUGUAUCAGCACUAUGAAUCAAAUAUUGUCUUCUAAUAUAAGUGAAUCUGAGGAACCAUGUAUUAUAGAUAUUAAUCAGCUAGGUUGUUUAUUACCAGAUGGGAGAUUAAUUAAGUUGCACGACUUGUUGAAUCAAGCAUUAGAACAAAAUUCAAACCCUUCAAUAAAUCAAAAUGAUCCACUUUUUAUUAAUUUAAAUGAAUCAUUAGAUGCCAUUGAUAAUUUGGUUAAUAAUAUAAAAUUCAAUGAUAAUAAUAAUUAUAUUUCAAUAAAGAAUGAUUCUACAUUCAAUAUAUCCAAUGAUGAUUUAGUUAAUGAUCAAAAUAAUUUAAAUGCAAACCUUCUCAUAUCAGAUUUAAUACCAGUAAAUAUUGAGUUACAGAAGCAGACAAAUGAUACCGAAGAAUCGCAGUUUCCCUGUACUAUUUGCGAAGUCAGUUUUAACAGCUGGAAACAUUUGCAAAGGCACCGGAAAAAAUUUGAUCACAAAGAGAACAAACCUUACAAAUGCGAAUGUUGUGAAAACUCUUUCAAUUACCAAGCCAAUUUGAUUCUUCACAAAGCUACACAUCAAUCAACCAACUUCCAUUGCCCAGAAUGCUACAAAAAAUUUAAUCGUCUAGCCAGCCUUAAAUCGCACAUUUUGAUCCACGAGGUAGAGGAGAGUUUGGUUUGCAAAGAAUGCGGAGACGAGUUUAAUUUUCAAAGUGAAUUGGAUAUUCAUAACAAACUCAACCACCAGCAGCAACCCUUGAUCCAUUCCAACAAAAAUUUACUUCAAGCUUUUAACUCCCAACAGACUCAACUUGGACCUACGAAUAUCCAUCCCAAAAGCCCUGGAAUUAUGGUUCCUUAUCUAGAUAACAACGAACCACGCCCCAUUACCGAAAGUUCUGAACGCGUGGAAAUUAUCACGAGCGGAAUAAUGAAACAUAGUUGUGACAUUUGUGACAAGACAUUCCCCAAAAUUAGUCACUUGCAAAGGCACAUUAAAAUACACACCGGCAAUAAGCCCUUCAAAUGUAGCGUCUGCUCCCGCUCCUUUUCGCAAAAGAGUUCACUUUCCUUCCAUUUGACAACUAAACAUCCCGCGGAAGGCGCCGAUAAAAUCAAGGGCACCAACGCUAGUAACUAUAAUAAAAAUGAUGGACAACAUCCAUCCAAACUUUUUCAAUGCGAACAGUGCCCAGCUCAGUUCAAUCAAAAAGGAAACCUCAAGUCCCACACUCUUAAAUUGCAUAGCGGUUACCGACGGAUAGAGAGCGAUUGCGUUAAUAAGGCCGCGGUUAGUUACGGUGCUCUUCAUCAUGGCCACGAAAAUGAGUUAAAUGUCAUCCAUGACUACGAUAAUCUUUCGCCUAGUAAGGGUGAAACCUGCAAAACUCUUUAUUUCAAAUGCGGCGAAUGUAGUUGCGUGUUCACCAAACUGGGAAAUCUGAAUUCGCACACGAGCAAAAUUCACGCUAGCAAUCCACCCCGUUUGGAUGAAUCGAUCGGUACUAUCGUUGAUCAGGAUAUAUUGGAAAUUUGGAAUUCAAUGCUCAAAAGCAUAUUGAAGUUUGAAGAAUCAUCUCAAAACGGGUCGAAUGUUCAGGGAAAUUUGAUGGACAUCUAUGAGAAUGUGGCCGCCACUCAUAUUUACGAUAAGAAUAAUAAAAAUAUAAAUGCAAACGAUUUCGGAGAAUCUUAUUACUACUAUUUUCUGGAUAAUUCGUUCCUCUCUCAAAAUUGUAAUCUAUCUUCAAAGACUAUAUCCGUGAACGAUAAAAAUGUUAAACACACAAAUAACGAAAUGACAGCGAAAGUUAUUACACCUCAAAAAUUUUUAGUCAAUACUUUACGUCCUUCUCAUACUUCUAUCCUUUCCAACCCUCAUAAUCAUUCGAAAGAGUCAGCCAUCAAUCAAAAUAAUAUGCAAGUAGAUGCCUCGGAGGAUCCGAUGCAAAUCAAUGGCUUGAUGGGCGAUAAUUUGCGAAAAAAAAAUAAACUCGACCCUGAGGAUGGAGGAAGUUUUUUCGGAAAUGAGAAUAAUUCUAUUAGUGCUUGUAAUGCUAAUAAGUAUAAAUACUGUCCAUCCUGCUCCAAGCGAUUCCUGAAGCCGUCCGAUCUCCUUCGUCACACUCGAGUGCACACGCAUGAGAAGCCAUACGUAUGUGAACCCUGCGGUAGGCGAUUCACCGUCAAAUCUAGUCUUACCAACCAUGCCAGAUCCCAACAUUUGCCCGCUUUCGUCGAUGAAAUGUGUGCUGACAGAGAUAACGAAUUGAUUUGCAAAGUGUGCCACAAACGUUACAGCUCUCAGGGAAGUUUGAAAGUUCAUUUUCGGCUUCAUACAGGCCUCAAACCUUUCGAAUGCUCCAUAUGCUUAAAACGUUUUCGUACAUCUGGACACAAAAUAAGUCAUUUAUCAUCCGCUCACAAAGAUGUAAACUUAAAUUUGCAUAACACCAUUAUUAACGAUCAUCAAUCAAUAAUCGAAUCCAUAAGUAUUGAAAAUAAUAUAAAUAUCGUGCCUACCUCAACUGUCUACGAUGAGAAUUUUCGCGAAAAUUCAAUAGUCCAAAGUCGCGACAAACCAGAAAAUAUUAAUAGCUUUGAUUCAUUCGUUAAAACGCCGACAUCCAUAAUUGCUUCCCCUUAUCAACUUCCACGUGUCGAGACAACAUUUUCUGACCUUGAGGUGGACCCUAAUUUGGCGAAAUCUUUAACCUCCGUCUUACAUGAUCUGGAGAAGAGGGAAGCGAGUAAGUUGGUUAGUGUUGAGAGGCCAUAUGAAUGCGAGUAUUGUGCUAGGGCCUUCAAAAAAUUAUCCCACUUGAAAGAACACAUUAGAUCUCACACUGGCGAAAAGCCCUACACCUGCCCGACGUGUAAUAAGAGUUUCGCCUCCAACGGUAUAUUAAAAACCCAUUCGAGAAUGCACCAAGGCUUCAAAUCCUAUCAAUGCCCUAUUUGUUCAUCGAAAAGCUCUCCCGGCUUUAAUCGUAAGCGUUCUUCUUCGAAUCGCACUCGAAGCUCUUCCUUUUCCUACGCCACGAAAGGAAGUCUAAAAAGACAUAUGGAAAAACAUCACUACAAUGAACCAUACGAACAUUUUUUUCUACCGGAAUCGAAUUCAUCGAUUUAUAACAUGAUUGAACAAGAUGGUAGGCAAAAUCAUAUAAAUAAAAGUCAGAAUGUUGAAAAGAUUGAUUCGAAUACUGAGAAUAACGAUAUCAUAUGCAUACAAGAAUUGGCGGCGGAUUAUGAUACUAGUAAUAAUAUUGAAUAUGUCAACGCUGUUAAUCAUUUAAACAACCAAAAGACGGUAAAAGUAGGCACUAGCAGCUAUUUUCUUACGGCAGGCGACGAGGAUAAUAUUCAUGAAUGUAUAAAUAAAGUUGCUGCUAAUGAUAAAUCGAAUAAAGCAGAUCACAUAUUAUUAUGUGCAAACAAUAUUCUCAAGGCAGACGAUAAUAAUAAAAUAAGUAAUGCACUUUUUAAUGAUAGUUAUGUUAGAAACAACGAUAUUUCUUAUAAAGACUAUAAUAAAAUGAAUAAAGCAGACGAUAAUAACAAAAUUAGAAUAGUCGGUAAUAAUAAAAACGUCACUUGUCACAAAACAAACAAUAAGAAUAUUAGUGAUAGAGAUUUGGAAAAGAAUGACAAUAUUGACAAAUUGAAUAAAGCAGAAGAUAGUAACGAAAUUCUAUUCCUGUGCUCCCUUUGUGGUCACGUUUUCAAUUCCCGGACGAUCGACGAGUUUGAAUCCCAUCUCAGGGAGCGACAUCCAUUAAUCGCAAACGUUCAAGUCACGAAUUUCGAAGGCGCCCAUCAUAGCGAAAUGCAUGGAGGACUAGCAGAUGAUAAUAAUGUCAAUAGCAACAAAAAAAUGUGCUACAGCAUGGACGCGUACGCGAACUUGGAUCUAGUGGAGGGGAGAGGUGAUCUAAUGGAAAGUCAAACGAUCGACGAUACCUUAAAUUUCGACAAUCAUCAAAAUGAAUACCACAUGAAAGGACAAAAUGCGAAUACAUUCGUUCCAAAUGCGAGACCGCCAAUAAUGGGCAUCCAGCUUCCACCGAAUAAUGAUACACAUAAAUUGCAGAAUUUUCAUCCAGUAUCAGAUGAAGUUGACGGAAUAGUCGAUACGAGUGACGGGCGAUUUAUGGUUACGACCAAGUAUAAACCUCUCUUGCUAGACCGCGAGCAGAUGCUAAAAUUGGUGAAUCUUUCUUCCACCCCUCAAUCGUCUGUUUCCAAUAAUAUAAUACCUUCCACUUUUCCCGUACUGCAAACCGCGUCGUCUGCGUUCUCUAUUGGGGAGGCAUCGUCAUCUUCGAACACUGUUAUAUCGUCCAUGUUUCCCAGUGAUAAAGAUACUACCCAAAUUCCUAUCGAAUUAUUUUCUGAUCUAGGAAAUAAUCGUGUUUUUUACCUCUCUAACUUGACUAAUGAUAACGUGGACUGCGAUGAUGGUGGUCAUGAUGGACAAGGAGGAAUGGAAGAAGAAUCUGUAAUAAUCGAUAUCAACGAUAUUGUCAAAAACACCGGAAAAAUUCAUUUUUUACGCGAGGAUGAAGUUGAAAUGGAUAACGAUUACGUCGCUCAUAAUGAUGGUUUCGAUAUCGAGAAUAACGACAAUACGAUAAAUAAUAAAAACGAAAAUCGUCUGGAAGACGCCCAAAAUAAUCGUCUGCGUGUUUCGCAAAAUCUAUUACUUCAAUCGGUCACGGAACUUUUUAAGAAGGGCGAUAGGCCCAACAUAAAUCUGUACGUUGGCGACCUAGUAGAAGAGAACAAUCAAUCGAUUGUUUCUGGGACGGCAAUCGUAAACCAAGAUAAUAUCUCUGAAAAGGGUGAAUUGAAUAAGAGUCAAAAUUCCGCUACCGCUUCCUCGAAACACGCCCACACAUGCUUGUAUUGUCCCAAGAGCUUCAAAAAACCGAGCGAUUUGGUACGUCAUUUGCGUAUUCACACGGGAGAAAAACCUUACUCUUGCGAUGAAUGCGAUAAAAAAUUUGCCGUUAAAUCCACGCUCGACGCCCAUCGGAAAACGCACGGAGGGGAAAAACAGUUCGAAUGCCACAUCUGCCGAACUUUCUUUUCCACUCGGGGAAGCUUGAAAGUACACAUGAGGCUUCACACCGGUUCCAAGCCAUUCAAAUGCCCUAUUUGCCCACUCUUCUUUCGCACCUCCGGCCAUAGAAAGUCUCACAUAAUGUCGUCCCACCAUGUUGACAAGCCUCCUAAAUCUUCUACCGCCUCUUCAAACAUGGCUAAAAUCGACGAGGACCAAAUAAAUAAAACGAACAAUUCCGCCUUAAAAUCCCUAACACAGUUCCCCUUAGACCUUUUGCGAGAACGUCUUACGCUGUCCCAAAACGGUCUCCUCAAUUCUAGUUCGACUAAUCACCCUAUCAUCGAUAUGACCAAUAAUGAUGAUAUCCAUAAUAAUACCUACGAUUUCAGUUUCGUUCAGAAUGAAAACGAAAAUAGUAAUGAUAGGAUCAAUGGUAUCGCUUACUAUUUUUCACACCAAUCCAAACCCGAAGAUCUAUCCCUUAUCUCAGAUUCCCAUUCUGUCUCUUCUCGUUCGCUCAUCCCUCACGAGAAACCCGAUUUCGUUUCGUUACUACAACCUAUCAUGGACGAGGACACUCAAGAAUUGCAAGAUUUGCGAGACGCACAGAUAGGGACUCCUACCGUAUUCGCGGAUGAUCAGCUGUUACAUUCUUUCACGCUUUUGCCGGGUGAUUCGUUGCUGACCAAUGAUAAAAUUAUUCGCACUUUAGACAUAACCGCUUCCGACGAAUUAGUCGAUUUGAAUUUCGUCAAUAAUUUAUACACCACAUCUCGCCUGUCUAACGCUCUUUCGUUUUCGUCAUCACAGAUUACUGCAUCGAUUCCUAAAUAAUUACUUUAAAAAAAAAAAAUUCUUACUAAAUUGUGAUUGGAUGGGGAAUAGCAUCAAAAUAAAAAUAUUUAAAAUUAUUGCGCUGAUUGUUUAUUAUGUUUGUAUUUUUUUUUAUAUUUUUAAAAAUAAUAUUUAUUAUUGCUA